AUGAGCCGUUUAGUUGUCAGUGUUGUGGCGGUGACAGUCUUAUGUCUUCUCAAUUUCACCUUCAUCACGGUGUCUGAUGGAUUUCCUACAGACCUUUAUGAAUUGCACCCAGCCGAUGCUCACCCGUGUGUUCAACCGAUUCGUACGGGUCCAUGCAGAGCUUUCUUUCGGAUGUAUGCCUAUGAUAUACACUCAAAUCGGUGUGUACCAUUCAUUUAUGGUGGUUGUUUAGGAACUCAAAAUCGUUUUGAAACGAAACGUGAUUGUCAAGAUACCUGUUCAUCAUUUUUAUAUACGAAUGCCGUAUUUGGAUAUGAUAAAAAUAAGUAA